AACUAGCCGCCGUCUCUUACCCACCGCGCGCGCCUGCGGCAUCCCACAAAUACACGGGCCGCGCCGCACGUCGGAACAGCGCGCGACAUGGCCAUUGUUAAGCCGCCGCGACCUCGCCUCGCGUUAGCAACCCCAGCAACAAGCAGCCCAUCUCCUCUUCCUCUGAUCUUCUUCUCUUCCGCCGCCUCCUCCUUGUCAUGCGAUCGAGGUUUGCUCUGCUGUGAUAAUGGCGAUGAACAAGCUAGUCGGCGCCGCGGUCAGGCGGCCCGGGUGGGCCGACCUCCCGCGCGACCUUCUUGAGUCCGUGCUCGGGCGCCUCCCCGUGCCGGACCGGCUCCGAUUUCCCGGCGUCUGCACCGCGUGGCAGUCGGCUGAUGCGGCCUCCGCCACCGCCAGGUUUCAGGCUGUGCAGCCGCCGUGGCUCAUGCUUCCGUUCAACCCGACGGCGCGCAGGCAGAGCCCGGGCGGCGGCGGCGGCGGGGGUGGUGGUGAUGGUAGGUUGUUGGAGGCGAGGUUCUUGAGCCUCUCCGAUGGCAGGGCGUACUCCAUCCCGCAGCCGGCUCCGGCAGUCUCGGAGCGUCUAUGCGUCGGCUCGUCCGAUGGGUGGCUCGUCACCGCCGAUGCCGCCUCCGAGCUUCAUCUUCUGAACCCGCUCACCGGCGCGCAAGUCCAGCUCCCGUCGGUCACCACCCUCCCUUUCGUCGACGCCAGCCGCGACGCGGACGGCCGUGUCGUGAGCUACGACCUGCGCUGCUGCUUCGGGGAUGGUGAACACGGGGACGAGGUGCUGGUCCCGCCGGAGUCGUUCGCGCCGGACAAGCUACGGUACGAGCUCUACGACAAGGCCAUCCUCGUCGCGCCUCCCCGGAGGCAGACGCCGUCGGGGUCGUGGGGCGGCUACGCCGUGCUGCUCAUCUGCCAGCCUCUGUACCGUCUCGCCAUUGCCAGAGCCGGGGACACGAGAUGGACUCUGCUCGACACGCCGUCGCGCUGCUGGGUCGACGCCGUGCGCGCGUCCUCCGCCACCGACGGUCACCAAGCGGUGUACACGCUGGACUCCGUGGGGCGCGUCGUGGCGUGGGACAUGGACAGCAUCUCAAGCACGGCGGACACGAUGACGCCCAAGGUGAUCGCGCCGCCGUGCUGCUGCUCCCGCCGCGCGUGCUCCAUGUCGAUACCCUGCACCAAAUACCUCGUCGAGCUCUCGCCGGGGCACCUGCUCCAGGUGCACCGGCUUAGGGACAAGGCGCACGCCCGGUACAAGUGGGAGCCCCGGCAAGAGCGCGUCGAGUACACGACCGUCAAGGCCGAGCUCUUCGAGUGGAAGGCCGGCGCCGCCGCCGCCCAUAGCCAGUGGGCGCGGGUGGACAGCAAGGGCGGCGCCGGCGUCCUCGCCGGGCGCGCGCUAUUCUUGGGCAAGAGCGCGUCGACGUGCGUCCCGGCGGACUGUUGCCCCGAGGUGAAGGGCAACUGUGUCUACUUCACCGACGACGGGCCGUGGUCGCACGAGAGGUGCCACGAGGUGGUGCCGGACGUCGGCGUGCUCGACCUCGCCGACGGGAGCUACAAGGUGCCCCGCGGCGCCGUGCGCGACCUGCUCUGGAAGUGGCCGCCGCCGGUGUGGGUCUUCCCCUCCUGCACCAACUGACCAACACCAAAUCCGUCUCAACUCUGAAAUGUUCUGAGUUUUUUCAGACAAUGUUCAGAUAUCUUCAUUUCUUCAGAAUCAGCAGCUCAACUUUCUGUUGACCUGCUGCCUGUAAAACAAAAAACAAAAAACUUUGGCUUCCGAAUGCGUGAAUUAGGUCAACCUCUUGUUGACCGGUUUGCAAUAAGUUGUAAAAAGGAAUGUGCUUGUCAGUGUGAGAAUGUGGUCAAUCUCUGGUUGACUUUGUGUAAGCAACAAAUUGCUAGUUUUUUUAGCAAGAUCAAAUUGCUAGUUAGUUGUGGCCAAGACUGUCAGGAUCACAUUGUACUGAUCUGAUUCUGAAACAAGAGUUCAUUAUUCGAGAUAAUACC